AUGCGCAGAUACAAGGUGCUAGAGAAAAUUGGCGAACCCCAAAGCACUCAGAAGUGCCAUAGAAUUGAAGUUUCUAUGCUUCUGUAUUCAAAACAAUUUGGUUUUUUAGAAAGCUUCAAGAAUAUGAUAUAGAAUAUGAGAAGUUAGAUCCCAUGGAAGGCAAUAGGGUAUGAACAGUGUUUAAAAAUCAAAUGGUUACACUAAUUAUUUUAUUAUCGUUCUGUUGCCAAGCAUUUGCUUUUUAUCCCAGCCAAUGAAAAGAUGGAUACUUUGGUGAAAGUGAAAAUUGAGUUCCCUGAGAUAGUUCUUGCAAAACUUGCUCGGAUGGUACGACUUGAGAAACUUGAGAGGAUUUUAUGAGGUAUAAUAGCACAACAAAGCUAUGAGAAUCAUGAGCUGAAGAUGAGUAUUACGAUCCGGUCAAGGGUGAUUGUUCAUCUUGAAAUAAUGUUUGAAUCCAAGCAUGAGCAUAUCAAGCUUCUUGCUUCGAAUGCCCUCCAAACGAAAUUUUUGAUAUUGAAACUUUUGAAUGCGUUCAAUCAUGAGCCUCAGAUAAAUAUGAAAUUCAAUCUGAAAAGAUGAAUAUUGGCAAGAUAUGAAAGACUUUGAAAAUUUAUGUUGAUCCUGAAAGUCAGAAACUUAUUGAGUUAGGUACUUAUGAAUAUCCAUAUCGGACCUUCAAGUCAGCUGCAUCAGAGAUAUUAAAUCACUAUAGUAACACAGAAGCUGAAGUUGAAAUUUAUAUGAAGGAUGGUUAUAUCGAGAUGGAUAAUUUUUAUUUUAUUAAUAUGACAAGUGUAAAAAUCACAGCUCAUCCUGAUUACGAGUUAUUGAAUAAAAGGGCACAAAUUUCGUUUAACAGUCGUACUCAACCAGGAAUAUCCAAGAAGGCAAGAUUCCAUCUUUUGAAGAAUAUCUCUAUAAAGCAAGACGAUUUUGUUAUAAAAGAAGGAAUAAAUGAAAGAGAGAUAUCUGAACUUUCGAAAAGGAAAAUGGGAUUCAUGCUUGCUUGGACCAGCUUUGAGAUUUCUGAGGUAGAAUUCCACAGCACUGAGCUUGAUUUCUUCUGAGUCACAAUUUAUUUCCAAGAAAAGCUACUCAAAUUAUACAAUAUGGACUUUAAUGUUACUGGUGAAUCGUUUGAAAUCAACGAUCCAAUGAAUGUACAUCUAGAGAAUAUCACUGUGGAUGUAUCAAUUGAAGGUAGAUUCUUCUACCCAUUGAUAGUAUUCUGAAAUUAUCCAGAAGCUAACACAAAGAAUAAUGUAUAUAUAAAAUCUGUGAAUCCUAAGGUUUCUCUAGAAAAGCUCGACUAUACUUACACUUUUUUAAACUCUUAUCUCCCUGGCAACCACACUAUGAUUGAUAUUGAUUGAGGAUCACUCCCUGUUAAUGAAAGACUUCAUGUUUGAAUAGUUGUUGGAGUUAGCUCAACAUGACUUCCAGAUGAUGGCUUACUUCAGACUGUCGAGUACGAUUCCAUACAUUCCAACGGACAGUCACAACCAUAUGGAAAUCUGAAUAUACUACUAUCUCCAAUAGUUUCAUUCGCAGUUCCUUACAGGCCUGUUUAUGUAGGAAUGAGAAACUUUGAUUUUGUCAACAUUACCCAAGAUUGGAAUUUCGGACUGUUUUAUUUGUACACUAUCGGAGUAGAACAAAGCGAAAUGAUUAAUUUCUCAUUCCGCAAUGUGUUAACCAAAACAUUCUUGAUGGAAAUUUUAACGAUUAAAGAUUUGAAAAUCAAGAAUCUCACUUUUGAAGAUAGUCUGAAUCAUCAAUUUGAGAUAAUAAAAAUCACUGCUACUGGAGAUAUUGAAAUGGAAGACGUUAUUUUAAGAAAUUUUAAUAAUAUUGGAGCAUAUAAUGCUCCUCUAUUUUCUCUUUCAUUUCCUAAUACAAGCUCAAUAAUUCUGAAAGAUCUUAGCUUUCAAAACCUUGAAUUAGCUGCUGUUCCCUUGUUUUACAUAACUACUCCACCAGUGAUGAUGACUGUUAAAAAUUUCAUGUUCAAAGAUUGUAACACUUCUGAGGGUCAGUCUUUGCUCAAUUUUCUCUACAUAAACUCAAUUUCAAUUUCUAAUGUGACUCUCGAGAAUGUGAAUCCAAUCAAUUCCUUUGGAAGUGCUGAGAAGAUAAUAAGAAUUGGCUCGCUGAACUAUGAAGAAAUGCAGAUUGCUGAAAUUUCAGACAUCUCAAUCAUGAAUUCUUCUAUGUCAUUGUUCGGGGUUGGAACUAUUUCUUCAAUCUCAAAUUAUGAUAGAAAUAUUACUUUCAAUAAUAUAAAAUACUCUGGAUGCACUUUUCCAUCUCCAAGAGCAUUAGUUUCCACAGAUAGAUUUGUUGGAAGCCUCAACUUGCACAUUCAGUUUAGCCAACUGACAUUUGAGAAUGUGAAGUUUGUAACUUCUGGUGUUCUAAUAGAGUUAAAACAUCAACUUCCUACUGCUGUUCAUUUUAUUGAAUGCUCCAUUUCUGGUGCUAAUUCUGGGUCUAUUGAAGCUGAAGGUAGGAAAAUAUCGAAUGAUCUUGACACAAAAUUCAAGUUUAUGAACUCAACAUUCUCAAAUGUGACACUCAGCAGUACUCCAUUCAUCUCAACAAGCCAGAAUUUGGUUUAUGAGAUUCAGAAUAGUUCGUUUACAGAGUUUACAUCAUUGGGUCUUAUUGCAGGAAUAUUCAGAGCAUCUGAUAGGUCUGUUAUUACAAUUGAAGAUUCAGUAUUCCAGAAUAACUCAGCCGUUUUAUCUACAAUAUUCAAAGCAGAAACUGAAGCGAGUAUUAUUUGAACAAAUUGUACAAUCUCCAACAACUUCGGAGUCACAAAUGGAGUAUUUGAGAUCGAAUCAGGUGCAGUGUUGAAGAUACUUCAAAGUGCAAUUUAUGAAAAUUAUGCGAUACAGUACCCAGUUGGAGCGUUCUUAUCUGCUUUUACCCCUUCGAUCAUCAGCAAUACUCAAAUUUAUUCAAAUAAUGCAAUUUUUGAACCCGAUGUAGCUGUAGAGCUUUCUUCUAGUUGUAUAAGACUGUGAUUUUUGAAUGAUUUGAUAAAAAGUUAUCUUGCCAAUUUUGAAUUUUCCACUAUUACUCAGACUGACACUCUAAUUCAAGUGCUUCUAGCAGAGGUUCAUAUUAUCAACAACACACAAAUCUACAAUAGCACUUCAGCUGUGUACAGUUUUUCUUCUGUUUUGAUCAUGGAGGACUCUUUUCUAUUUGGAAUAGACUUUACAAACUCCCCAAUUAAUCUGGUAUCAACUGAAGCUACUCUGAAUAAUCUAACAAUAGCUGAUUGAACCAAGUUACCUUCUCAGGAUGAGCACGCAUUUAUCCAAGUAACAUCUGGAACUUUGAUAUCAUCAGGUUUGAAAGUGUCAAGCACAAAUUUUCGAAUUUCUCAACUAUCGUUCUCAAGCUGAAUGAUGAAUAAUACCCAAUUUACAGAUGUAAUAAACGACAACGGCCUUAUCGGAUGUCUUAAAUGCCAAAAUUUUGAACUUGAUACUUUGUUAUUAGAAAAUUCUUACUCGACAUCAUUUCCUUUACUCUUUCUCCAAGAGACUUUCAAUGUGGAAUUGAAGAACAUCAAACUCUCUGGAUAUCAGUAUCCGUUGGCUCAGUUUUCGUCUUCAAGUGUUACUUUGAUACAAAACCUUGAGGUUAAUGGUGGGAAGCAGGCUCUUGAGUUCAUAGAUUCUAACCUUCUCAAGAUGAAGAACUGCUCAUUUUCUAACAAUGAAGAAACUGGAGCAAGCAGGAGUGGAGCCAUUCAGAUCCUUAAUAGUAAAAUAAAUAUUGAAGACACUAUAUUCAGAAACAACUCUGCAGACUCUGGAGGAGCAAUCACUUUCGAGUGCACCAGUAUGGCGAAUUGCGAAUUAAAUAUUGAGAACUCGAAAUUCUUAGAAAAUAGUGCUAGACUGAGUGGAGGAGCAAUAUACUACAACUAUAAUUAUCCAAGAAUUAAAAACACUGCAUUUAGUAACAAUAGUGCAAAUUAUGGACCAAACUUUGCCAGUUAUCCUGCAAAGAUAGAACUUACAGAUAGUUCUCAAGGAAACGAUAUUAUUCUGGAAAACGUCGGAUCAGGUAUAACGAUUGAUCAAACUUUGACACUUGCUAUUUACGAUAUUGAUAACCAAAUAAUGAAUCUGGAUAAUUCAAGCCAGAUUGUUAUUCUCUCAAGGAAUGCAUCUGAAGCCAACACCAAAGGAUUCAAUAUCCUCUCGGUCAAUCAGGGGAUCGCUCAGUUUGAUAACUUUGCAGCUAUCAUAAGGGAUAACAAAAGAAGCUCAAAUUUUACAUUGAGUUCAAAAUCAAUCAACACUGAUAAAGUUCAAGAGGUCUUAGGAUCUUUAUUUUCUCAGAAAGAUCUUCAAAUUAAUUUUAGAGAUUGACAGCCAGGAGAAAGGAUCGUUGGGGAUGAGUGAGAAGUAUGAGCUAUAGGUACAUACUCACUUGAAUGGAAUGCAAUCGAAUGAGUCGAUUGAGACCUAGAAGCUGAUUGUCUUGGAGGCAAUCAAGUAUCAGUGAAGUCUGGCUAUUGGAGAAGGUUCCAAAAUUCUACCAAGAUUGUUGAAUGAAUAGUUGAAGAAGCUUGUGAAGGAGGAUUUUUAGAUGUUGAAGAUGACAAUCAAACAUAUAACUCCAAGAAUAUUCAUCCAGUAAAUUGAGCAGAAGGAUAUUCAGGCAAUCUCUGUUCCCAAUGAGUUGUAACCCAAGAUGUCAAAUAUGAAAGAAUUAAUGACUACGAGUGACAGAAAUGCCCAGAACAAAUUUGGAAUGCAAUUCAAGUGGUGUUCACUUUACUACUUGUCUUACUAUUUUACAUAACUUUGGUCGUUAUCAAUGUAAGAAAAACUGAUGAAAGUGAAUUAUCAGUUCUUCUAAGAAUCCUUACUAAUUAUCUCCAGAUUAUAACAGUGUCUGCAUCAAUGACCAACGACUAUCCAGCUGGGUUGAUUGCCUUAACAAUUCCUAUUAGGUUGUUUGGAGGGUCUACAGAUGCAUUACUAUCGUUUGACUGCUUCAUUAAAGACACUGAAGUCAACUUUAUGUUUAACUCAAACUCAAUCUUCAAAUUGUUCCUGAUGACAUUCUUGCCAAUAAUCUUAUUCUUUAUCAUUGCAGUGAUGUGGCUAAUCAUUAAAUGGGUCAAACCAGCUUGGUGCACAAAUAUUAAGAGAGCUCUUGUGAUUUCUUUCAUCACAGUUGUAUUUGUUUUGCACCCAAAGCUCACAGAGAAAAGUAUCAGUCUUUUCAAAUGUAUUGAAAUUGAUGAAGGCUACAAGGUCGCAAGAAUAGAUACUAAUCUUGAAUGAUUCUCCCCAACACAUUUGAAAUGGUGAAUAAUAGUGGGAAUACCUAUCAUUUUAGUUUGGGUAAUUGCCUGACCUUUAAUAACCUAUCUUGUUAUUCUUAAGCAAAGGAAGAAGAAAGAUAAUAGAAUGAUGGGAUACUUCUUGAUAAUCUACCAAGGACUCAAACCUGAAGUAAUAUAUUGGGAGUUUGUUAAUACUAUGAGGAAAGUUGCUAUCUUAUUGUUUCUUCUUUUUGAACUGAAGGUUGCCAUCAAUUUAUCACUAAUAGUACUUCUGCUGACAGCUCGUAUUCAGAUCAAGAUCAAGCCUUAUAAAAACUUUGAAAAUAAUAAAAUAGAAUUUUUAUCUACAAUGGGAGGUGCCACUUUGACUAUGGGAGCUCUAGUGUAUUCUAGACAUGAACAACAUGAUGUUCUGAAUGGCUUUGUUUUUCUAUCUAUUGCCAUUGUCAACUGUAAAUUCUUAAUAGAAUGGCUGAUACUAUUGAUGCAGCUGUAUCAAGGAAAGAAUAAGUUUGCUCAAACUACCGUAAUUUGUCUGUCCAAAAUUAUGUGUAAAAAGAGACCAAGACUAGAAAAAGUAGAGAAGAAAGACCAAAGCAAAAUAAAGUCUCUUCAAAAAGAAAUACAAGAGAAUAAGAGUGAAUCUGGUUAUGUAAAGAAGAGAGUAUACAGAAAGUCUAAGUCAAUCAUUAAGAGAGGGAAGUUCAAGAAGACAAGAUCACGUAAAAAAAUGUGGAAAACUAAAAGUGUUCGUCCUAGGGAUUUUGAAGUUGAUGAACAAGGUACAAAACCUCUCUAAUGCUGAUGUUUAUUGCUCAUUGAAAAUCUGCAGGCUUUAAACACUAUUGAAUAGUAGAUGAAAAUACUAAUUUAGUAACUUCUGAGAUAGAGUAUCAGAUCUGAGGAGCUAGUAACAAAUUUUUUGAUUAUUUUUCUAUAUUCAAGAGCUUUGUAAUUGAUAAAAGUCAUAUUACCUCUAAAGCAUGGACUUGAAUUCGCUAUUGUCCUAAUUAAUCUAGAGUUUAAUUAAGUGAAGAAAUACUUAUGAGACUUUUUAUUCAGUAAUAAUCAUACAUUCUUAACUCAUAUAGUAUUAUCUUUCUCAUAGAGAGUAGAAAAAUUUAUGCUUAAAUAAUUAUGAAACAUAGUAAAACUUUAAGUUAAAACAAGAAUCAUUUAUCGGUGUGAAACUCUAAUUCUUUAAAAUUAACAUUUUAGCAAGAAAGUUAUUUAUUUCAGGUUUCGCUGGUUUCCUGAAAACUUCUUUACAAUAAAAUUUAUUUAUAUUCAGUUAUUAUCCCUAACACUUGUACAGAACAUAACAACAGUAUAAUAAUGUCAUCCAGUUCAUAUCAAGAAUCUCAAAUUCGUUUCAUGAAAAAGAAAAGCGAAGAUCGAACUCCUUACCAAGAUGUUAGUCCUCAAGACCAUUGUGACUCUGGAGCUAUUGUAGAGAGUAAAGCAAGAAAAGUAGAGAAAGAUCUUUCAGAAAAUGGUGAAACUCCUUGGAAGAAGAGGAUAAUGUAAGCAGAAUAUAGGUUAUCAGGAGAAGGUAUCCUCGCCUGAGUCCGCAUUAAAAGAAUGGAAACUUAGCCUAAAAUCCUGAACAAUCUGCUCAUUCAUCUAUCAGGACAACACUCUUCAUGAAUUCAUCAACGCCUGUACACUUAUUGCUAAUUUCCUAAAAUCUC